AUGGAUGAGGUAAUCCAAAGUCAUGUGAUUGCUAUGCCUAAAUAGGCAAUUGUGAACGGCUGGUGCAAAAGAGUUGGAGCUUUGCAAUUUGACGAGAAAAGCGUGGGAUGAAUUUAUAUGGCCAGGGCCCUUCUAGACCCUGACGCACUGAGACCGAUCGCUGUUCGAGAGCUUUCCUUAAAAACUGUGAACCGCAAAUCAAUAUUAAUAAUAAUAGCUUCGGGGUUGGUAGUAGGCGCGUUGUGACGCCUAGCCUCCAACGCAGACCCGCACCUUAAAUAGGCUCAACUGGCUGGCCGCAAGUUCGCAACGCUAAUAUAAACCAAACCUGUCUUCAUCCCCAAAGGCCAAAUUAUGCCCGCCCGAUCUCAAUGUUGUCUAAUCCAUAAAAUUAAUACUGAGUAUAUAUAGCGGAGAAAAGAGAGAAAAAUUCGGCUCUCAAUUUCGCUGUGGCAUUUUCCUCCUUUUCCUCCUCAUUCCCCCCUCCGCCCGUCAUCCCUCGCUGCGAUCCAGUCCUCGACUCAAGGGCGCUCUUCGCGAUGGAUAGAUAAAAGCCGUUUAUAUAUCCGAAAUUGGUCGAAAUAGUCCAGAUCCCCUCCGGUCAUAAUGGACGGGCUUUUCACCUUGCUCAGCCUAAGCUUGCUAAUGGCGAUCGUCUCCUUCGUCAUUGGUUCACUCCCGCUCUCCUUCUCGCUCUCCUCGUCGCAGCUACGCCUUAUCUCCUCCCUGGGCAUGGGCGUCCUGGUCGGCACAUCGCUGAUCGUUAUUAUCCCUGAAGGAGUCGAGACGCUCUACAGCUCCGCCGUAGUAUCGCACACACACCCCAACAAGAGAGAUGUGAACAUUAUCAAUGGGGGAAAAAACCAUGCGCUCGAUACACGCUGGCAGCACCCAGCUAUCAACACCCUUGUUAUCCGGAGAGACACAUCCCAAUCGGAAUAUACAACAAUGGCAGAUUCCCCAGAAGCAGUAGACCCCGGAGAAUCAGGCGAAGGCGGAAGACUGCGCAUCCUAGGAGACCACAAGAACCACGACAAUGACAACACGCAAGCCAAGGAAAAAGACGGAGCGAAGCCCAAACCAACCUCACCACACGCUUGGGUCGGCAUCGCCCUCAUAAGCGGCUUCAUACUAAUGUACCUGAUCGACACGCUCCCUUCUGUAGCCUCUGCAUCCUCAAAACAUCAACAACGCCCCUACCACAUAUCACUAGAUAACCUAGGCUUCGGCCUCGGCCUCGCUUCCUCCCCCUCACGCAACAGCGGCGGUCUACUGUCAACCGCUACCGCCAGCAGUGCAGCCCGUCAUGACUUCGCAAUCACAACUGGCCUAGCAAUCCACGCUGCGGCGGACGGAGUUGCUCUCGGCGCAUCAAUAUCCAGCACCAGCCUCAGCUUCAUCAUCUUCUUGGCCAUCAUGGUACAUAAAGCGCCAGCCGCGUUUGGCCUCACUACAGCAUUGUUAAAGCAAGGGCUAUCGACCCGUGCGGUACGGGGACAUUUAUUGAUAUUUAGCCUAGCGGCUCCAGUGGGUGCGUUUCUUACGUGGAUUGUUGCUAAUACGGUUAUGGCUGGCCAAGCGGGUGAUGAGCUGGCGACACGGUGGCGGACGGGAGUGUUGUUGUUGUUUUCGGCGGGGACAUUUUUGUACGUCGCUAUGCACACGAUGCAUGAAACGGGCGCGACGACUGAAAUGUCCAGACGGGAUUCAACAUAUGCCAACGGAUACGUAGUGGAUGGUCGGGAAAAUUCACAAAGAACCCAGCAAAAGUCCAUGAGAGACUUGACCGCAACUGUUGUGGGGAUGAUUCUGCCCGUAUUCCUACAGAUUGGACAUGCUCAUUGAGUUUGGGGAAAGAAGAACGUAAAGAUUUUUCUCCCAUUCCUCCUCCUUUCUGGCUCUGGGCGUAGGAGAACCUAUAAUAGCCAUACAAACAUUUAUGGGAAAUGGGAAACGGGAAGGGAUCGGCCCAUCUUCCUUCCCCUGCAGAUUGACCUUCGUCUCGGAGCCAUUGUUAGAAAGUUGCGUCACUAUCGCCAACCGCCACAGCUGUGCCAUCGACACAUAGCUGCUGGCCGACCUAUGCGGCACACUAGUUAAACAGACCUCCUUUGUUUUAAGGAUGCCUUUUUUCCUGUUUCUUUAGGAACUUUAUUAAGCUCCUCAGCAAACAUGAUGAAUCUAAGGGGAUAUUAUAACUCUUGAUCUACUGUGUAUUUUGCAAGCAUAAAUAAGAGAGAGUAAAAGACCAAUAUUUAUCUUUAGAUAGAUAGGGGGAGAUACCCUUCAGUGAGAGCGUUUAUUUUCAGAAAGAUCUACCCUUGCAUAUGAACUUUUGCAAUCAUUUUUUCCUUUUCCUGUCUUCUUUUGCUAAAUAAAGCGUUAAGGUCCAGCGGCAGUUAUAGACGUGUGUGCUUUUUCUACUUCUUUAAUUUAAUUUAUUCUAUCCUUGUUUUCGUACUUGUAUAUUUUCAUCUUUGUCUGUUCUUUCUUAUACAUAAUGUCUUUUUAAUAAUGCUAUCACGCCUCGGGAGUAAUUUUUGCAUUUUCCUCUUGGAGUUCGUUUUCUUUUCAUGAUCUAAUUGCCUCUUGAGUAGUUGGAUUAUGCGCUGGGGCCGGAAGAUGC